ACUUUUUCUACACCAGAAGCAACCUUUACUGUUUUCUUAAUCGUUUGAAAUAAUUUGUGAUUCGGCUACAUUUAUUAGAUUUGCACCAUGCACGAAGCGUAUAUCCUCUAUCCGCCGGAGAAGAUUCCGGUCCAGAUUGAAUCGAUGACGGGAUUUGAGAAUAAACUGAUUCUCGGAACGCGUCAGGGCCAUCUGCUGAUGUACUCGUUCGAACCGAACCCAGAAACGAACAAACUGGACCUGCAGCUGUUGCAGUACGAUAAGAACUUUAGCAAGAAACCCAUCACCCAGAUCGAGGCCAUUCCCGAGUACAAGCUGAUCUUUAGCCUAUCGGAUGGGGUUGUCAACGUGAACGACUAUAGCCGGCAUGGCUUCCCGCUGAUCCAUAUGGCUCAGAAGACGAAAGGUGCCACCGUAUUUGCGUUGGAUAUCAAGAAAUCGAAAUCGUUGACCGGGGAACUAGCACUGGUCUGUCGCCUCUGCGUAGCGGUGAAACGUAAGCUUCAGUGCUACUAUUGGAAGCAGAAUGAAUUGCUGGAUUUCGGGAAGGACAUUGAUCUCAACGAUGUACCGAAGACCAUCGCAUGGAAUAACAACUGCAUCUGUGUCGGAUUCAAAACUGAAUAUGUAAUCUACGAUCUUUCUGGGGAGCAACCGAGGAAGAUCGACCUGUUCCCGACGAGUUCAUCGAAAUCGAUCGAACCUUGCAUCUCGCUGAUCGAGGAUGGCGUCUUUGCUGUCGCCAAGGAUGAGUAUCUCGUGACGGUCUAUACGGAAAAGUACACAAACGAUGGGAAGGACAAGGGGACCGGUUUGGUAAAACCGGAUGCUUCACUGUUGACGACCAAGGACACCCGCAAUUUGAAAUCGUUGAGUUGGAGCGAACCAUUCCAGGGGUUGGUGUGGGAUGAACCGUAUAUCAUAGGGCUAGUUACGGACGGUGUAGAAGUGCGCGUUUUCGACAAUGUGGACAUGUCGGACAAGGGGACGUUGAUACAGAGUAUUCCUCAGCUGCAGAAAGCUCGAUUCAUAGCUCGUGGAAGGCAAGGUCUGCUGUACGCGGCGUCGGUUUCACACUUGUGGUGUAUCCAGGCAGUAGACAUAUCGAAACAGCGUGCACAUUUGCUACAGGAGGAGAACUUCCAUUUGGCGCUUCAACUGACGAACAUUUCCGAUGAAAGUCCGGAAUUCAAAAUUACCAAGGUCAACGAAAUCCAAACGCGUCACGCCUACAACCUAUUCGUGAACAAAUACUUCCGCGAUUCGAUGAAAGAGUUCUCCAACCUGAAUACCGACCCGAUUGAUGUGAUAAGGCUCUUUCCGGAUUUGCUCCCCGAUAGUGGCAAGAACAAGUUGAGUUCUUACUCCAAGAAGCCGGCACCUGUGCUGGACGAAAAAGACAUCGAGAAUGGCCUACUAGCACUGAUCGGUUAUCUCACAGUGAUCCGCUACAACCUACGGCAAGAUCUGAUCAACAAAACCGAUUCCAAGCUUUCUGCGGGGAAGAAUAUUUCUGCCCUGCUCUCGAUCAUCGAUACCACGCUGCUCAAGUGCUACCUGCAGACGAACGAUUCCAUGGUGGCUUCGGUGCUGCGUAUGAACUGCUGCUAUCUGGAAGAGUCCGAACGGGUGCUGAAGAAGUACGACAAAUACGUGGAACUGAUAAUUCUCUAUCAAACCAAAGGCCAACAUAAGCGAGCCCUCCAAUUGUUGCAGGCUCAGGCUGAGACUCCAGGAUCUCCUCUCUACGGCCACGAUCGGACUAUUCAGUAUCUGCAGCACUUGGGUAAUGAGCAUAAGUUUCUUAUAUUUGAAUUCGCCGGAUGGGUUCUGGACAAGUACCCCGAUGAUGGAUUGAAGAUUUUCAUUGAAGACGUUCCGGAGGUUGAAAAUCUACCCAGGGCUGAAGUGUUGGAUUUUCUGCUGAAGGAUCAUAAGCGGUUGGUGAUUCGUUAUCUGGAGCAUAUAAUCAACGUGUGGAACGAGGAGAAGGCGUUGUUCCAUAACAUUUUGAUCCAACAAUAUCGGGAGAGGUUGAUUGCGCUGAAAAAUGAUGCUGAUGUGGAGAACGAUGUUCAAAAGAAAACCGCUCGAGAUACCAUCAAGGGAAAACUGUUAUCUUUCCUGAAAAAAUCCACAUAUUAUCAUGCCGAGAAGGUGCUGGGCGACUUUCCAUAUACCGAUCUGUUCGAAGCACGUGCUAUCAUUCUUGGACGUCUAGGUAAACACGAAAAAGUCCUAGCCAUAUUCGUCCAAAUCCUCGGCGAUUUUGACAAAGCCGUUGAGUAUUGCGAUCAAACGUACGAUGCCGAUGAUCCGAAAAGCUGUGACGUCUACGUCACCUUGAUCAAAACGAUCCUCACGCCUCCGACGGCUCCGCCGUACAGCGAUGUGCAACUACACCCACGGUGUCUCAAGCCGGACAUCGAUACCGUACUGGCGAUCAUGGAAAACAAUGCCAAGAAGAUCAAUCCGUACGAGGUGCUGCAGAUCCUGCCGGACAACAUUCCACUGGAGUCGAUCAAGAACUUCCUCGAGAUUGCUCUGAACCAUCAUCUGGAACGGAAGCGAAAGACUCAAAUCCUGAAGGGACUGUACUACGCCGAACAUCUGCAGACCCACGAGCAGAAGAUACACUACGAGUCGAAGCACUUCCUGGUGACGGAGUUGAGUGUGUGCCCGGUGUGUAAGAAGAAGUUUAGCUACCAGAGUGCGUUCGUGCGGACGCCGGAGGGCAAUAUUGUGCAUUUUUCAUGCCAGGAUAAGAUUUGAAUCAUUUUCUGGUGAUGAAUGCUAUUGUAAUCGAUAGUUGUUUAAAAUAAAACUAUUUAAUUGAUUGAAUAA